UUCUAUUUCAACUAUAACAAGAUGUGCCUACUCAUAUCAGAAACACAAGUACAAACUCCUUGUCUUUCAUUUAAUGGAACUCCUGAGCACAGUCAAUCUCUUAGCACUCGUUAUUUUGCCCUUUGUUGUUCCCCAGAUAUGGGAAGCUUGUUGGAUCUUUCUUUUACGGCCAUGGAUGAUAACAAGAAGAUUCAAGAAAGAAGGAAUCUCAGGUCCAAAAUACAAAUUCGUGUACGGAAACCUCGAGGAGAUAAAGAAGAUGAAGAAAGAAGCUAAGAGUUGGGUUCUUGAUCUUAACUCCAACGAUAUCUUCCCUCGUGUGGUUCCACAUUAUCACCAAUGGCUGUCUCAAUACGGAGAAACAUUUCUAUAUUGGAACGGAGCAAAACCAACUUUAUUCAUCUCAGAUCCUAAACUAGGGAAACAGAUCUUGUCUAGAAAGUCAGGUUUCGCUGUUGUAGCAAAGACAAGACCUGAGUUGUUCAUACUUUUUGGUAGAGGACUUUCUUUCAUAGAAGGUGAUGACUGGGUUCGCCAUAGAAGAAUCUUGAACCCUGCUUUCUCCAUGGACCGACUCAAGGUCAUGACGAAACCGAUGGUGGAUUGCACCUUGAGGAUGUUGGAGGAGUGGAAAAUACAGAAGAAUAGUGAAGAAGUAAUAAUGAGGAUGGAGAUUAACAAAGACUUCCAUAGAUUAAUCUCUGAUAUCCUCGCGACCACUUCGUUUGGAAGCAGCUAUGAGGAAGGGAUUGAAUUGUUUAGAUCACAGUCAGAGCUUGAGAAAUAUUUUGUUACUUCUCUCACAAGCGUCUUCAUCCCAGGAACACAAUACCUUCCUACGCCAACAAACCUUCAACUAUGGAAGCUUGAUAAGAGAGUGAAGGACUCAAUCAAAAGAAUGAUAGAUGCAAGGCUAAAAUCAAAUUCUACAAACUAUGGAGACGAUCUUCUAGGGAUCAUGUUGAGAGCUGCAACAUCAGAGGAGCCUGAGAAAAGUAUGAGAAUGGAUGAGAUUAUAGAAGAAUGUAAGGCUAUAUAUUUCUCAGGGCAAGGAAAUAGUGCCAUUGUAUUGACAUGGACUACCUUGUUACUGAGCUUGCACCAAGAAUGGCAAGAGAAACUAAGAGAUGAAGUCUUCAAUGAAUGUGGUUUUACUAUCCCAGAUUCAGACACUUUCUCGAGACUUAAACUGAUGAACAUGGUGUUGAUGGAGUCGCUUCGCCUGUACGGACCAGUGAUUAAAAUGGUCAGAGAAGCAACGCAAGAUAUGAAGAUAGGACAUUUGGAUAUCCCCAAGGGCACGAGCAUAAUCCUCCCGUUUCUGAAGAUGCACACCGACAAGGCCGUAUGGGGAGAAGACGCCCAACAGUUCAAUCCUAUGAGAUUCGAAAACGGUGUUUCUCAAGCCGCCAAUCACCCAAACGCACUCCUUCCGUUCUCAGCCGGACCAAGAACUUGCAUUGCCCAAAACUUUGCUAUGAUGGAAACCAAGAUUGUGCUCACUAUGAUCCUUCAACGGUUCCGGAUUAGCCUCUCCUCUGAAUAUAAGCACGCCCCCUUUGAUUACUUCAAUCUCUAUCCGCAAUACGGCAUGCCCGUAAUGCUUCAGCCUCUCGAUACUAGUGCUCAACCGUGAGGAAGGGAAGAUACCAAACCAAGAAUCUCAACGGGUUUAGUAAAAAUUCAAGAUAAUAAUAUGUACAUGCUUAAAUAAAACGGAUAAUAGGACGACGAAUGAUGACGAAAAAAAUGAAUAGAGAACACUCUCUAGUGACAUUUUCAUGGAUGUUGGAUGAGAAUAAAACGUGGUAGAAACGAUGUUUGUGCCCUUCUAAAUCACUCAGCCAUGGCUACUGCGGUGCGGUGGGUAUUAAUAAAAAUUAGUGUUUGGAUAAGUGGACUUUUUAAUCUAUAAGCUCUAAGCAAUGCUAAUUGUUAUAUAUACGCAUUAAUAUUUAAUGUUGAAAAAUAUGAUAGUAUAGAAGUUAGAUGUAGUGGCCUAGUGGGCAGAGUAGUUAGUUCUUUGUUAUUUACUUUGAUGAUAUAUAUAUAUAUUUUUUGAUAAAGGAAAUAUAAUGUGAAUUUGAUAAUAUAUAUUGCAUGAUACAGAGUGGUU